CUGCUCCUAGAAAAAAAAAAGUUAGAGGACCUUACAAGAAAUGGGUUCUAAAAGGUACUCCUAUGCCCCCAAGCACAAAAAGAUCACGGGAAGCACAAGAGAGUGGAAAAACAACUCGUACUCCUCUGAAGACUUUUAAUAGGAAUUCCAGUAGACAACGCAAAGCAGUGUCUUUCACCACAGCCGUCGUGGAACAACAUGAGAACUUUGUGGCCUGUACGGCUGCUGUACAUUUUGACUCGGAUCUUAAUCAAGAACAGCCAACCAAUGAACGAUGUGAGCCACAGAUUAGUUUUACUCAAAGUGUUGACACGGAGCCAUCUAUUGACUCAGCAGUAAGUUACUGUACAAAUGUACAGGAGGAGCUACCAGAACCUGAACAACAACCAACCGAGUUACAUGUUUCUGGAGUUAAGGUAUGCGCUUAACUUAUUUUGUGUGUUUCGUUGUCAAUCUCUGUAUGUGUAAAUUAUAUUUUUUCUGUUUUAGCAAGAGUUUGAU